UAAUAAUGAAUUAACCAAUUCAUUUGAGAUAAAAUGGAGUGCUGUUUCUCUGCUAAAUUAUCACCACCGUAUCCUUCUUUUAUCCUUAACCUUCAGCUGCAGGGUUCUUCAUCGCAUGUUCAUACUAGAUUAUCAAGACAUUCGCGUCAUCCUCGACUGCUAUCCCAUCCACUUCCAAAACCGUUUCUGCAAGUGGAUGAAACACAAACACUGCGUUAUCAAGAAAAUUCAGCUGUUUUUGCUUUAAAGGCGUAUAAAGGACAAGUGGUAGCCGAAGCUAGAAAGCAAGGUUGGGACUUGGGGAGAUUUGUGAAAACAUUAUAUUUCUUUAAUGGGCCUCCCUCUCCUGCCAAGUUUUUUGAGUUUCUAGCUGCAAAAUUAUCUAGUACAUCACCUAGUGAGACAGCAAAGCCAAUGGGAAGUUCUGGGAUUGUCCUGGUAGUUGGGGCUACAGGUGGAGUUGGCAAAAGAGUAGUUGACAUCUUACAAAAGAAUGGAUCGCAAGUGCGAGUGCUGGUAAGGAACGAAGAGAAGGCAAGAAAGCUAUUGGGUUCAGAUAUUGACAUGAUAGUUGGAGAUAUCACGAAACAAAAUACUUUGGUCCCUGACUACUUCAAGGGGGUGAGAAAAGUUAUCAAUGCUGCUUCUGUCAUUGUUGGUCCCAAGGAAGGUGAUACUCCAGACAGGGCAAAGUAUAGCCAGGGAAUCAAGUUCUUUGAACCUGAGAUUAAAGGUGAUCCACCUGAGAUGGUGGAGUACAUUGGAAUGAAGAAUUUGAUUAAUGCUGUGAAAGAGAGUGUUGGACUUGAAAAUGGAAAACUCUUAUUUGGAUGUGAAGAUAAUAGUUUUAAAGAUUUACCAUGGGGUGCUUUAGAUGAUGUUGUGAUGGGAGGUGUCAGUGAAAGUACAUUUCAAAUUGACACAACUGGUGGAGAAAAUGGUGGACCAACUGGGAUUUUCAAGGGCGUUGUUUCCACUGCAAAUAAUGGUGGCUUCACAAGUGUCAGAACUAGGAAUUUUGCAGUACCUGAGGAUCUUUCUGCAUAUGAUGGUUUAGAACUGCGGCUGAAGGGCGAUGGUCGUAGGUAUAAACUUAUUAUCCGUAUUAGUCGUGAUUGGGACACUAUUGGUUAUACAGCAAGCUUCGACACUGUUGCAGGGCAAUGGCAAUCAAUACGUUUGCCAUUUUCUACUCUCAGGCCAAUAUUUCGAGCUCGAACUGUAGCAGAUGCUCCUCCAUUUGAUCCUAGCAAUAUUAUCUCAUUGCAGCUCAUGUUCAGCAAGUUUGAGUAUGAUGGGAAAUUGAAUCCAACUUUUGUGGAGGGUCCAUUUCAGUUUCCUGUGUCAAGCAUAAAGGCAUAUAUAAAGGAUCCAAUAACUCCCAGGUUUGUUCAUGUGGGUUCUGCAGGAGUUACCCGACCAGACAGGCCUGGCCUUGAUCUCAGUAAACAACCUCCUGCUGUACGCUUGAAUAAAGAAUUGGAUUUUAUCCUCACAUUUAAGUUAAAGGGAGAAGAUUUGAUACGCGAAAGUGGUAUCCCGUAUGCAAUUGUGAGGCCUUGUGCCUUAACUGAGGAGCCUGCCGGAGCAGAUCUGAUUUUCGACCAAGGAGACAAUAUAACGGGUAAAAUAUCAAGGGAAGAGAUUGCUCGGAUAUGUGUUGCUGCUCUAGAAAGUCCAUUUGCGCUCGAUAAGACAUUUGAGGUUAAAAGCGUCGUUCCAUUUAGUGAACCAUUUACAGUUGAUCCCAAGAAUCCACCUCCAGAGAAAGACUAUAACGAGUAUUUUAAGAAUUUGAAGGAUGGAAUUACAGGAAAAGAAUAUCUAGAACAACGUUGUCCUGUUUCAGUCUAAUGUCUCAAAUAAUAGAUCAUAGAAGUUGCCAAAGAAGGCUUGUAAAAUACUCAUUAGGAGGUCUAGCAAGGAAAAUACAAGUUGGUACUAUUGGAAGCAAAAUUUACAGAGUCUGUAACAGUAAAUGAAGUUAAUACUACGCAUAAAAUUAAUGUAAAAUAAAAUUACUCUCUACAUAGUAUAAGCAAACAAAUUUCUUGAACAAUCAUCUAUCUUCUGUGAUUUCUGAUGAUUGGCAUGCAUGGCAUGGCAGAACGAAAGUGAAAACAAAAUCACAGCAUAUUUGAAUUAGAUAUGAUUGGACACAUAUGUAUCUUUCAAAUGUACUGGCCUUCCAUUGCUGAUUUUACUGAAAAUAUUGUCAACAGUUAUCUAGAAA